AUGGGGAAAAGAUAUUUCUGUGACUACUGUGACAGGUCCUUUCAGGACAACCUUCACAACAGGAAGAAACACCUCAACGGAGUGCAACACCUCAGGGCCAAGAGAGUCUGGUACGACUUAUUCCGAGAUGCUGCCGCUAUCCUGCAAGAGGAGCAAACCAAGAAACCUUGUCGGAAGUUUCUUCAAACAGGGCAGUGUGAUUUUGGGUCCAACUGCAGAUUUUCCCACAUGACAGAGCAGGACCUGGAGAAGCUGAGUGCCCAGGUGCAAGGGGAGCAGAGGUCGAAGGAGCUGCGGCAGGAGGGAGCAGAUGUCCCACUUGGCACCAUCGAGGACUGGCUGGACAGCAGAGCAAGUGCUCUGAGGGCAGCCAGCUCCAACAGCGCUCUGCCUGAGAAACCAGCGCCAUUCCAGUACCCGCCGGGCUGGCCACCAGCGCAGGACCUG